GUAUGAAGUACGUUUUUUAAACUGAAUGUAAUCAUGGGUGAAUGGCUCUGUCAUGUCAUGUCGGAUCAUAAGAGGAAGUAAUCUGAUAUUUUCUCGUUAACCCAAAUUUCGGUGCCAUUAAUUGCAUUGAGAAAUUCAUAAUCGCUUUAAAGAUUGUAAAAAUGACAUUUUUUCGUUUGACGCUUUUUCAACGACUAUUUCUUGUGUAUUGUGGACUUUUACUGUCUGAAACUUUGGGGUCCACAACAACCUCUAGUACAGAACAAACAAACCCAGCCACUAGCCCGUCCACGACAGAACAAACAAGCCCAGUCACUAGCCCGUCUACGACGGCAACCACAAGUACAGUGGAACCACCCACGACCACGACAGCCAAGGACUUGGUGUGCUAUGGGUGCACUGACACACAGCGAGGUGGGGACUGUCAAAGUAACAGCAAGGGCAUGCUACAGGAGGCCCAGGCCCACCUGGGGAAAACAACAGAUCAACAGAAUGUCCAAUCCGGAACAAAUUAUGUAAAGCGAUGUAGUUAUGACAACUAUACUUACUGCGUAAUCGAAACAAUUGAAAAUAGAGGCGAGGUCCACUCUUACAUUAGAGACUGUUCGGAUGGCCGCUCCUUCUCUGAAGACUCCAGUAAACUUAAGUUAACGAAGCCAGACAAUCAAACAACCUGCGCCUACACCUUACAGGGCUACCUUAUCUGUGUAAAGCUGUGUCAGACCAGCUUCUGUAACGGACCAAUUGCACAGAUUUCUUCAGCAUGUCCACUGACGUGCACCCUGUUCUCCUAUGUACUUCUUGUAUUGUGUUUAAUUUUUAGAUACUGAUACACGUGCAUGUGUCCUGAAAAUUUUAUCACAUUAUGACAGUUUAAGGAGGCUGGCUGGUGAACGAAUCACCCAUCAGAUCUACCCUAGAUUCUUAAUGUGAUAUUUGAGGUUAUAACCUAUUAUUUAUUAAACUAAAGAAUUACUUACAUUUUGUUCUCUAUAAAUGUACGGACCGUAUAAACAGAUUUCAUUGAUUAAACUAUAUCUACAUGUAUAAUCAUCAAGUAAUUUAAAUACAAAGGACUGACCAUUUGCAUGAAUUAAUCGGAUUAAAUAUGUUAUUAGAUACAUUUGCUUUACUUGUUCAGGAAAUGAAAUAAUUUUUAAAGCUAUGACCUCCAUGUUUCUUUUGCAAAAUGCUAGCAGAAAUCUUACUUUGGAUACUGUGAACAUAAAUGCCCAGGAAUAGAGGGUUGGAAACAUUCUGUAAUGUUAUGCACCAAAAAAGCCUAAGAAAUUUUGAAUGUAUUAAUCUUAACUUCUUAUAUUCAGUAAUUGGCGAUUUUUUAAAACGAUUCUUUGAAAAAUGGUUUUUAAUCAAAUUUAUGGUGAAGUAAAUGACAAACUUCUGUACCAAUUCUAUAUUCCAAUUGUUAUUUUUAAUUGUUGAAUUAUAUACCAUACCGUUCGGAAGGUAGUAGUGUUAUAUACAUUUUUACUCUGCAAUAAUUGCUACCUUUACACUCAAAUGAACAAUCAACGAGUGUAUUUUGUUUAAAUAGUAAGUAUUUAACAUUUUCAAUAAAGUCUUAGCAUAUUUUUUUUUUACUAGAACACUAGUUAGCCUGUGACGCACCAUGUUUCUGCUGGCAAAUAAAUGUACCUUAAGUUUACAAAUGUGAUCACUACUGCUACAUUGAUGCCAAUUGUUACUUAUUACACAUAUAAUACAUGUUAUAUCUGAAAUAAAUAAUCACUUUUUAAAAGCUGUUACAUGUAAUGUUAUAAGGACUCAGGGGCUGGGUGGUCCAAAAAAAAUUCCAUAAUUAAUUCCGGUCACAUCAUGAUAUGGUUUUAUCGUUAUUUGUCGGUACGAAACUAAAGUUACUCUUGCUGUCAUCAACAGAAAGGACGAGUAAGUACGAUAUCGCUAUCGACAGAAAGGUCGAGAUCUCAUUACUGACAGUGUAAAAUAAAGUUACACAUGCUACUUUUAAACAUCGUAGACUAUUUUAAAAACUAAUAUUAAACAGAAUUGGUUUUAUUAUGUCUGAAAUUAACUUUGAAUUGAAGAUCCAAUCAACUUAAUUUUGACGCUGGACAACCCAGACGCCGAGAUUUAAGCACACGUAAAAAAAAAAUUAGUUUACUUGAGUCGUCCGAACAAGAUGACCCCUAGCGGUCGUGAUCUAAACAAAGAAUAAUCUAAAACUUAAUCUCUGUGUCCUCGGAAGAGAUAACCUCCUUAUAAAAUCAAAAUCAAUUUUGAUUCUAAAUUUAAAUACCAGAUUCUCCCAUAGUAAGCAGUAUGGUUCGCACGCGUGUCGGACUCGCAGUGUUUGCCUAGGUAAAUAGUUUACCUUUGGAAUACAUUGCUAUUCAAUUAUCAUUAGCCGUCUUGAUGAAUUUGUUUUUAAAGCCGCCCGAUAACCAGAAUUCCAUGUGCUAUCCAGACGCUUCCGAUCAAAAAUCUCAUUAUUAUAUUAGCGUCAAAUAAUACAAGCCACGUGCAAUUUGGCGGCUACUGGGAAGUGCAGUGUCCGUAGUGUGAAAAUUGGACAAUUUUACACCUUAUUCCAUUGUAGCUCUGCCGUGAAAUUCUUGAAGUAAUUGCACCGACACCUUCUAUACUGAAAGCGAGGUUAAAUUCCUACUCGAUGUGACGAGGAACCUUAGAGAACGAUGGAAUUAACUGUUCAACAUUUUAAUUUGAUUUCUUUUGUUUUUAUUAACUUGGUGACCAGCCAUUCUGCAAAGAGUGUCCAAGAUUUCCUGAUUCCACGCGAGAAAACGAGAUGGUAAGCAGACGAAGCUAAUUAUGACGAUGACGAUGAAUACAUCAAAGAUGAGCCUCGGAGCCUCGACUUGAGUGAUAACGUCGGUGAAUGUGGUCCAGUGCCUGAUAUAGUAUUAACAGGAUUCUGCAAGAAGAAGGUGUGUUCUAGUCACAGCGACUGUCGCAAAAAGAAUCACCGCUGCUGUUUUAAUGGAUGUGUCAAAACGUGCACUAGGCAACCAGAUCCACCCCCAUUUUUUGACUGGAUAAAAGAGCCUAGAAGUAGAGUGGUAUCGGGGGUGUCCUGGCUUAUUGACGGGCCAGCAAGCAACAAUGAACUCCAAUCAUGUACCACAUCUCGCGUUGGAAAAAAUGAAGAUCCAUUACUUUGUCCCCAUGGAUACACGUGUCAUGUCGUCAGGAAGGGUAACAGAAGGAAACGGAUUCAGAACCGAGGAUACUGUGUUCCGAAUGAAGAAAGCGUGGUGUUGCGUGACCAACAGAUCAACCAGUCUUCAGCCACUGGAGAGUGUCUCCUAGAUAAAUACAUAUUAGCAGAGGGAGCAUUCAUGUUCUUUGAUGGUAAAAAAUGCUUUUGUAAAAAUGGGUUUCUUGAAUGCUUAAAAACAAAAGGUUAAAUGUGUCCAAGGAUUGGAGCAGGUGGUGGAGGGAACAUACAGUGUAUUGUUUUAAAAAUAAAAUACCGAAGAGGUUUA